AUGCGUUCUAGCAGCAGCUUCACAAUCAUGUUGCAGCCUGGAAUGCCAGCACCCAACUUCCAAGGCACCGCCGUGGUGAAUGGCGAAUUCAAGCAGAUAGCCCUCAACGAUUACAAAGGCAAAUAUGUCAUCCUCUUUUUCUACCCCCUUGAUUUGUAA